GAAAAAACACUCUUAAGUUAGCCAACUUUCUAAAAUGCGGCGCACUAGUUCACUGGAAUCUUUAAACAGCAUGGCUUCUGUAGCCAUCGAGAAGGGCGGCUUGGAUUCCAUGCAAGAUGCUAAAACAACAUGCAGUAGCAUGUCUGAGCUAUCCACAGGGAACGUAAGCUUCAACAGUAGACCCAUGGAAGAAGAAUAUGAAGAAGAAGAUAAUAAAGAAGAAGUUGAAGAAGAAGAAGAUGAUGAUAAAGAUGGUAGUGAAUGCUCCUCAAACAGCAGGGAAUUGAGCGGUCUUGAGCCAGCCAAGAAGCGGCUUAAAGCUUGUUUGGGUAACGUAGAAGAGGAUGAAGAAGCCAUUGACAGUAGACUAGAAAUUCUUCAAACUCUUGUGCCUGGAGGAUAUGGCAUGGAUACUAUCCCUUUACUUGAGCAAACUGCCUGUUAUAUCAAGUUCCUAAUGGAAAUAGUUAAUUCUUUGAAAUGGUGUUAGACCACAGACAAGCUCUAACGUUUUCUUACAGCUUUCUUUAUUUUGCCUCUUCAUAUCCCUAGUAGCCAGCUGACCUUUUUCUUUCUCCUCUGCUGGGUAUUCAUUCCUGGCAAAAUAUGUUGCGUAGGAAUUGAAAAUUGUCCCUCUCUGUUGUCUUUUCACAGUUCAAAGACGAUAUUAAAAGAUGUGCUGUUGCUAGUGUAUUCACUUUCCAAAAUAUUAGUAUGGUAAUCUUUGGAGUUUGUGAUAUCAGUUAACGACAAAAAUGAGUAGAGCAAGGCUCAUUCUUUGCAGCUUUUGCUUGGUAUUUUAAGCUUGUGUUAGUCUAGAUUAGUCUUGUUUGUUCAUUAUACUUCUCCAGGAAUCUUCUGAAGUGCAUCUUCUUAUUGUAAAUCUUUUUGUUUUGUCCAAUAACAAUACUCCUUCGGGAGUCUUCUAAAGUGCAUCUUCUUCCUGUAAUCUCUUUGUU